CGCCAGGUCGCGCAUAGCGCCCCGAGCCCAGGCACCUCCCCGCCCCCUCCUCGCGCUCCGCGGCGGCGGCGGUAGCAGCAAUAUGGCUGUUGAUGGGUGUUGGGGUUGGCGCUGGCGGCGGGAGGAGCUCCCCCGAGCCCCUGCGCCGGCUGCCCGUUGCUAGCUAUGGCAAAUGGUGGCGGCGGCGGCGGCGGCAGCAGCGGCGGCGGCGGCGGCGGCGGCGGCGGAGGCAGCAGUCUUAGAAUGAGUAGCAAUAUCCACGCGAACCAUCUCAGCCUAGACGCGUCCUCCUCUUCCUCUUCUUCUUCCUCCUCCUCUUCCUCCUCGUCCUUGGUCCACGAGCCCAAGAUGGAUGCGCUCAUCAUCCCGGUGACCAUGGAGGUGCCGUGCGACAGCCGGGGCCAACGCAUGUGGUGGGCUUUCCUGGCCUCCUCCAUGGUGACUUUUUUUGGGGGCCUCUUCAUCAUCUUGCUCUGGCGGACGCUCAAGUACCUGUGGACCGUUUGCUGUCACUGCGGGGGCAAGACGAAGGAGGCCCAGAAGAUUAACAAUGGCUCAAGCCAGGCCGAUGGCACUCUCAAGCCCACGGAUGAAAAAGAAGAGACGGUAGCAGCUGAAGUGGGCUGGAUGACCUCUGUGAAGGACUGGGCAGGGGUGAUGAUAUCAGCCCAGACGCUGACGGGCAGAGUCCUGGUUGUCUUAGUCUUUGCUCUCAGCAUUGGUGCACUUGUAAUAUACUUCAUAGAUUCGUCAAACCCAAUCGAAUCCUGCCAGAAUUUCUACAAAGAUUUCACAUUACAGAUCGACAUGGCUUUCAACGUGUUCUUUCUUCUCUACUUUGGCUUGCGGUUUAUUGCAGCCAAUGAUAAGCUGUGGUUCUGGUUGGAAGUGAACUCUGUGGUAGAUUUCUUCACGGUGCCUCCCGUGUUUGUGUCUGUGUACUUAAAUAGAAGCUGGCUUGGUUUGAGAUUUUUGAGAGCUCUCAGACUGAUACAGUUUUCAGAAAUUUUGCAGUUUCUGAAUAUCCUGAAAACAAGUAAUUCCAUCAAGCUGGUGAAUCUCCUCUCCAUAUUUAUCAGCACUUGGUUAACAGCAGCCGGCUUCAUCCACUUGGUGGAGAAUUCAGGGGACCCAUGGGAAAAUUUUCAGAACAACCAGGCUCUGACUUACUGGGAAUGUGUCUAUUUGCUCAUGGUCACCAUGUCCACGGUCGGCUAUGGGGAUGUUUAUGCAAAAACCACACUAGGCCGCCUCUUCAUGGUCUUCUUCAUCCUCGGGGGACUGGCCAUGUUUGCCAGCUACGUCCCUGAAAUCAUAGAGUUAAUAGGAAACCGCAAGAAAUAUGGGGGCUCAUACAGUGCGGUUAGUGGAAGAAAGCACAUUGUAGUCUGUGGACACAUCACUCUGGAGAGUGUUUCCAACUUCCUGAAGGACUUUCUGCACAAGGACCGGGAUGAUGUCAAUGUGGAGAUUGUCUUUCUUCACAACAUUUCCCCUAACCUGGAGCUUGAAGCUCUCUUCAAACGACAUUUUACUCAGGUGGAAUUUUAUCAGGGUUCAGUCCUCAAUCCGCAUGAUCUUGCUAGAGUCAAGAUAGAGUCAGCAGAUGCGUGCCUAAUCCUUGCCAAUAAAUACUGCGCUGACCCGGAUGCUGAAGAUGCCUCCAAUAUCAUGAGAGUCAUCUCCAUAAAGAACUACCAUCCGAAGAUCAGGAUCAUAACUCAGAUGCUGCAGUAUCACAACAAGGCCCAUCUGCUAAACAUCCCAAGCUGGAAUUGGAAGGAGGGGGAUGAUGCAAUCUGCCUCGCGGAACUGAAGCUGGGUUUCAUAGCCCAAAGCUGCCUGGCUCAAGGCCUCUCCACCAUGCUUGCCAACCUCUUCUCCAUGAGGUCAUUCAUAAAGAUUGAGGAAGACACGUGGCAGAAAUACUACUUGGAAGGAGUCUCAAAUGAAAUGUACACAGAAUAUCUCUCCAGUGCCUUUGUGGGCCUGUCCUUUCCUACUGUUUGUGAGCUGUGUUUUGUGAAGCUCAAGCUCCUCAUGAUAGCCAUUGAGUACAAGUCCGCCAAUCGAGAGAGCCGUAUAUUAAUUAAUCCUGGAAACCACCUAAAGAUCCAAGAAGGUACUUUAGGAUUUUUCAUCGCAAGUGACGCCAAAGAAGUUAAAAGGGCAUUUUUUUACUGCAAGGCCUGUCAUGAUGACAUCACAGAUCCCAAAAGAAUAAAAAAAUGUGGCUGCAAACGGCCUAAGAUGUCCAUCUACAAGAGAAUGAGACGAGCAUGUUGUUUUGAUUGCGGACGUUCUGAGCGUGACUGCUCGUGCAUGUCAGGCCGUGUGCGUGGUAACGUGGACACCCUUGGGAGAACCUUCCCACUUUCUUCUGUCUCUGUUAAUGAUUGCUCCACCAGUUUCUGUGCCUUUGAAGAUGAACAGCCGUCCACACUGUCACCCAAAAAAAAGCAACGGAACGGAGGCAUGCGGAACUCCCCGAACUCCUCGCCCAAGCUGAUGAGGCAUGACCCUUUGUUAAUUCCUGGCAAUGAUCAGAUUGAUAACAUGGACUCCAGUGUGAAGAAGUAUGACUCCACUGGGAUGUUUCACUGGUGUGCACCCAAGGAGAUCGAGAAAGUCAUUCUGACUCGAAGCGAAGCCGCCAUGACCGUCCUCAGUGGCCAUGUUGUGGUCUGCAUCUUUGGCGAUGUCACUUCAGCCCUGAUUGGACUCCGGAACCUGGUAAUGCCUCUCCGUGCCAGCAACUUCCAUUACCACGAGCUCAAACACAUCGUGUUCGUGGGCUCCAUUGAGUACCUCAAGCGGGAAUGGGAGACGCUUCACAACUUCCCCAAAGUCUCCAUAUUGCCUGGUACACCAUUAAGUCGGGCUGAUUUAAGAGCCGUCAACAUCAACCUCUGUGACAUGUGCGUUAUCCUGUCAGCCAAUCAGAAUAAUAUUGAUGAUACUUCGCUGCAGGACAAGGAAUGUAUCUUGGCGUCACUCAACAUCAAAUCUAUGCAGUUUGAUGACAGCAUCGGGGUCUUGCAGGCUAAUUCCCAAGGAUUCACACCUCCAGGAAUGGACAGAUCCUCCCCAGAUAACAGCCCAGUGCAUGGGAUGUUGCGCCAACCAUCCAUCACAACUGGGGUCAACAUCCCCAUCAUCACUGAACUAGUGAAUGAUACUAACGUUCAGUUUUUGGACCAAGACGAUGACGAUGACCCCGACACAGAACUGUACCUCACACAGCCGUUUGCAUGUGGGACGGCGUUUGCUGUCAGCGUCCUGGAUUCCCUCAUGAGUGCGACAUAUUUCAAUGACAAUAUCCUUACCUUGAUACGGACUUUGGUGACUGGAGGAGCCACACCUGAGCUCGAGGCUUUGAUUGCUGAGGAGAAUGCACUUCGAGGGGGCUACAGCACCCCCCAGACACUGGCCAACAGGGACCGUUGCCGCGUGGCCCAGUUAGCCCUGUUGGACGGUCCCUUUGCUGACUUAGGGGAUGGCGGUUGUUAUGGUGAUCUGUUCUGCAAAGCUCUGAAAACAUAUAAUAUGCUUUGUUUUGGGAUUUACCGGCUGAGAGAUGCCCACCUCAGCACCCCUAGUCCGUGCACGAAGAGGUAUGUCAUCACCAAUCCCCCAUAUGAGUUUGAGCUCGUGCCUACGGACCUCAUCUUCUGCUUAAUGCAGUUUGACCACAACGCCGGCCAGUCCCGAGCCAGCCUCUCCCAUUCCUCCCAUUCGUCCCAGUCCUCUAGCAAGAAGAGCUCCUCUGUUCAUUCCAUCCCAUCCACAGCAAACCGACCGAACCGCCCCAAGUCCAGGGAGUCCCGGGACAAACAGAAGUACGUGCAGGAAGAGCGGCUUUGAUUUGUGUACCCACUGCCACUGUGUGUGAAACUGUAUCUGCCACUCAUUUCCCCAGUUGGUGUUCCUAACAGUAACUCUCCCUGUUUCCCCUGUAGUUUUCUCUCCCCAUUUUUUUUGUUUUUAACACAUAUUUUGCAUGUCGGGUGUCGGUUUUCUUUCACCACCAUAAAACCCUUGAGCACAACAGCAAACAAGUAGAUGGACCAAAAAUUAUUUAUGAUUCUAGAGGGGAAAAAGACCCCACGGGCACGCUCCAGACAGAAAGAGCUCACGGCAGGAAUUAGUUCAAGGAUCAGAAAGGAGAACUGUGAUGAAUGGUGGCUACACCAACUGAGUUUAACAGAGAAGAACACAGUUGGUUCUGAUUUACCAGAAUUAUCAGCAUGCUUUGGGUUUUGAUCUUUGUUUUGUUUCCCUUUGUUGUUGUUGUUUUAUAUACACACAGUAAGUUAGCACACAUUUAUUUGAAGCAAGCAACCAAAAAGCAAUGAAAACCGAUCGAUUGUUUCCACUCUCUGGGCUGAACUAUUGCCAAGCAUUUGAAAGGCUUUCAACGUUUGUGCAGAUGAUUAUCAAACGCCUGCUUGUUGUAAGAGAACAGGAGAGAUUUUUCAGUUACUCACCAAGGCCUUUUGUCCCAAAGCUAUCUUCCUUUGGGAGUUCAUAUGAACAUUUUUUAACCUUAAAAUGAAAGAGAAAAAUAGUAUUCCAUUCAUGGAAGUCUCAAAUCCUAGUGAUCUAAUUUAAAUGAAAAAAGGUUUGGUUGCAUACUAAAUUGUUAUUCUGUCUCCUUAUGAUGCCAUAUGAAUAGCUAUUUUUUUCUUUUACUUUUGACAUUUGGGAUGAAAAGCCAUAUGUAUCAUAAAUAUCAGAUACGUCAUUAAAAAAAAACUGCCUUCCUGGGACAUCUUUUAAAAGGUGAAUCACUUACCUUAUGUACAGAAUAAAUAAUGCUCAGGAAAGAGCAAGUAUUUUUGCACGCAUCCUCAGGGGACCUUUUUACUCCCCUUUGUCUAGUUCGCCAGGGCCCCAUGCCAGUUAGGAGCAGGGACUGGGACAAUGGUAGUACGAGGAGAAAAAGAUAAAACCAUCAACAGAUCUUUUCUUAAAAGCCAACGUGCUAAAUCAAUCCAAACAUAGGACUACCAAGCCAGAGUUGACUCCAGAAAGAUAGAAGCCAGCUACCACCAUAAACUACUGGCUCAGCUGUCCCGAGCUGGCUGACCCAAAGUGGAAAGCUGAUGGGAGAAAUGCUUCAUCGCCUGUUUCCUGCACAGGCCAAGUCACCUGAGCAGGUGAAUGAAAAUCAGACAGAACUGCUCCUUGUUGUUAGGAGGUGAGGGAUAAGAAGAAAAGUGGGACAGUGAACCAAACACGUUAUGGUAUAAUAUGAUUUUUCCCUUUUUCUUUAAACAGUAAAUUGAGAGGAAAGGUGAAACAAAUGCCCUUUUUUCAAUAAAGAGUUGUCAGAUUUUUUUUUUUUUUUUGCAUGCAAAUCAUGCUUUAGACUGUUCUGUAAUUCUUCAAAAUUGGUCAACUCUGCCAUCACCAAAUUGUGGCAUUCAUAUGGAUGGGCUAGCUCUGGGCUGGCAUACACGUAUUGAAAAUGUUUACUUUCACACACUUUAUUGACCAGAAUAGGGGUAGAGGGGAGGAGAAAGAUAGCACAACUGUAUCUUCUCUCAAAAGGUGUUUUUAUGGUGAAUGCUUUGGGUUUAGAUUUUGGAUUCCCCGUUGCCCCCAAGCAUGGUAGUUUUGGAGAUUUGCUUGCUGUGUGAAUUGACAAGCACUUUUACUGACAAAACGGUGAGGCUGAGUCAGAACCUCCACCCCACCCCUGCACCAAAGACAGGGGCAGUAAGGUAUUCAAACCAGUAAUGGGGUGAGGAGUACUUGUAUACAUGUAUAUUAAAGAACCCAAUGAAUAGAAGAUGUUUUUCAAAUUAUUUUUCUUCCUAUAUACUGAUUUAUAUAUUACUUAUAACUAUUUCUAUAUAUAUAUAACUAUAUAUAAAUGUGUGUAUAUAUUUAUAUAUAUAUUCCCUCAUUUGGGAUCAUGAAGAGCUCUUCAUGCAUCCUUUGCAAAGGAAGAUAUAAAGCUAUGCCCUCAGAACAUUUUUAACGAUAAGAAUGUGCCAGUUAAAGUGCUCAACAGGAAACUAUGACAGUUUACAAGCUGUAAAACUCACAUAUAGCUUACUUCUCUCUCUAAAGUGCAACAAGGAUGAAUAGGAUGGGCCAAGGUAUGAUCAUUAAUGGUUCUGCAUGACCUAGCCACUGCUGGGGGUUUUCUUCUAUAACGUUGUCCUUGUGAAAACUUUUGUGAAAUUAAAAAAGAAAAAAAAAAAAAAAGGAGUUACAAAUU